CAUGAUGAGCAACUACCCGGACGGCGAGGAGGACACGGUGGCGCUGCUGGCCCAUGACACCGGCGGCAGCAAGGAGCCGGACCGGGGCAAGGAGGAGCUGAGCGCGGACAAGGGCCCCGAGAAGCCGGACCCCUCGCAGAAGCCCCCCUAUUCCUACGUGGCCCUGAUCGCCAUGGCCAUUCGGGAGAGUGCGGAGAAGAGGCUUACGCUGUCCGGGAUCUACCAGUACAUCAUCAGCAAGUUCCCUUUCUACGAGAAGAACAAGAAAGGCUGGCAGAACAGCAUCCGCCACAAUCUCAGCCUCAACGAGUGCUUCAUCAAGGUGCCCCGGGAGGGCGGUGGCGAGCGCAAGGGCAACUACUGGACCCUGGACCCCGCCUGCGAGGACAUGUUCGAGAAGGGUAACUACCGCAGAAGACGAAGGAUGAAACGGCCUUUCCGGCCGCCUCCGACCCACUUCCAGCCGGGCAAGACCCUCUUCAGCCCCGACAGCUACGGCUACCUGUCCCCGCCCAAGUACUUGCAGUCCACCUUCAUGAACAACUCGUGGCCGCUGGCGCAGCCCCCCGCGCCCAUGCCCUACACGUCCUGCCAGAUGUCUGGUGGGAACGUCAGCCCCGUCAAUGUGAAAGGACUCUCGGGCCCGGCGUCCUACAGCCCCUACUCGCGGGUGCAGAGCAUGGCGCUGCCCAGCAUGGUGAACUCCUACAACGGCAUGGGCCACCACCACCACCACCACCCGCACGCCCACCACCCCCAGCAGCUCAGCCCGGCCAGCCCCGCGCCGCCCGCGGCCCCGGCGGCAAACGGAGCCGGCCUCCAGUUUGCCUGCGCCCGCCAGCCCGCCGAGCUGUCCAUGAUGCACUGUUCUUACUGGGAGCACGAUAGCAAACACAGCGCCCUGCACUCCCGCAUAGACAUCUAG